UCGGGGACUUCUCUGACAAAGACGUCCUACGACAACUCUUGAUAUCGACAACCCUUUGCUUCAGAUAGACACAUUAAUAAUCAGAUCUUUCCUCCAACACUCCCAACAGCUAUACAAUCCUGUAAACGCCUAUGCGAUAAGAUACUCAACAACCCUCGACUUCAACACAUAUCGCUCUCGCCACGGCGAGUAAGCCAACACGAUGGCUGUCAAGGCACUCAUCCCGUUCUUGGUCGCCAUGAUGUUGGCCACAGGCGUGUCCAAUACGCUCCUCACCAAGUAUCAAGUAUGUAGAGUCGUAACUGUAUAGCAUUGCUCCCAGCUAAUUCCUACCCUUCAGGACAACAUCUGCGUCCGGAACUGCGAUGCUCCCAACCCCAAAUCCCGCCACCUCUUCGAACAACCCGUCGUCCAAACAGCGCAGAUGUUCAUCGGUGAAAUGGGCUGCUGGAUCUUCGUCGGGAUUUUCUCACUCUUUGCUCGUUACUCUGGAAAGCCAUCAGCAGAACAGGAGGGAUACACGGCUGUAAACUCGAAUGAAGAUGGUGUUGAACCUGAAAUCGGUGACAACGCAUCGAUUCGGUCGAACUCGCCUUUGAACCCAACUGCCAAGAUCAUGAUGAGGAAAGAAGAGGAUAGAAUACCGUUGGUUGGGAUCAAGGUUCUCUUGUUGGCUUUACCGGCUAUUUGUGAUAUUUGCGGGACGACCCUUAUGAAUGUUGGUUUGCUCUUUGUGGAACCUAGUAUUUAUCAGAUGACUAGAGGCGCGUUGGUACUUUUCGUUGGGUUAUUCAGUGUUAUCUUCCUGAAGAGGAGGUUGCAUCUUUUCCAGUGGUUUGCCUUAGUUACCGUCGUUGCGGGUGUUGCGAUUGUUGGUUUGGCUGGAUGGUUAUAUCACAAGGCGGAUGCGCCCGAGACGGUCGGUGAAACUGCACUCCUUCUUGUUCGAGCGGCUAUUGUCAAAAUUUCCGAGGAGGUUAAGAAGCCUACUGCUGGGCUAGCAGUUAUCGGUGUUCUUCUGAUCGCUGGCGCCCAGAUCUUUACCGCUAGUCAGUUUGUACUUGAAGAGUACAUCUUGGAGAAUUAUGCCCUGGAACCACUCAAGGUCGUCGGAUGGGAAGGAAUCUUUGGUUUCUCAGUCACCGUCCUCGGCAUGUUGGUUCUCUACGCCGGAAUUGGGAGAACUCCAAAGGGACAAUAUGGAUAUUUUGAUCUGGUCGAGGCUUGGAGAGAGGUUACCCAAUACCGCGGAAUCUGGGUUUCAAGUAUCCUGAUCAUGAUUUCCAUCGGGUAUGUAUUCCCUUCUCAUCUCAUUAACAGAAAACUAACAAAGACAUCAGAGGAUUCAAUUUCUUCGGCCUCUCCGUUACACGAACCGUCUCCGCCACCUCGCGCUCCACAAUCGACACCUGUCGUACGCUCUUCAUCUGGAUCGCAUCCCUCUUCCUCGGGUGGGAAUCCUUCAAAUGGCUCCAGGUCCUCGGAUUCGCCCUGUUGGUCUAUGGAACCUUUUUGUUUAAUGGGUUGGUGAGACCUCCUUUGAAGCGAUGUUUCGUUCGCGAGGUCGAGGAACUCUUGCCUGAGGAACCUAUUGAACAUGCUUAAGCGCUUGACGUUGUAAUUACGAGAAUGAUUAUGCUGGUAGUAGCGAAAUUGACUUGAAGGGGAAGCGUUGUUUUUUUUGGGCAUUUUUUUUGGCGUUAUGGAUUCUUGUUUUUGAUCAAUCGAGGCAUCUUGGGAGUUGGAAAUUGGGAUCCUUUUUGUCGUAGGAUAUAUAUAAAUUAAGAUUUAUUAUUCCCUUAA